AUGUCGCUGGUACAGAUAGCUAUGCAACCCCAAACCAUCGCGAUGGCGGCAUUGUGCUUGACCCUCCUCGCAUUCAUCCACCAUCGACUGACGCGCUCUUCAAAACUGCCUCUUCCACCAGGUCCUCCGGGGAACUUGAUCUUUGGCAAUUCUAUACCUAAAGCUUUCGCCUACCGACACUUUGAAACUUGGACCCAAGAAUACGGGCCCGUCUUCACACUUCGCCAAGGAUUCAACACUAUCAUUGUCAUAGGGCGCAUGCAAGCCGCUAUUGAUAUACUAGAGAAAGAGGGGGCCGCGACCGUCGAUCGGCCGCUGAGCAUCGCUGCAGGGGAGACGCUUUCCGGGGGGAUGAGGAUGUUACUGACUCCAGCCGGGGAACGGUUCAAAAAGAUGCGCAGGGCCCUUCAUGCCCACCUCCAACCUAAGAUUGUUUCGAAUUACGCACCUACGUUAAUGCGCAAUGCAAAGCAGCACAUCAUGGACAUUAUAGACGAGCCUCACCGGCACCAAGAUCACGCUAAACGAUAUUCCGCUGCUGUAGUUAUGGCGCUUGCGUAUGGAAAACAGGCCAAAUCUUACGAAGAUCCCGAUAUUCAAGCUGUCAACCGCUGCCUGACGCGACUGGGUAAUAACCUGCGUCCUGGAAUGUGGAAGGUCGAUGCCUAUCCAUUUUUGAGGCUGACCCGUCGUGGAAUGCCGAAUAGAUACGUGCCAGGGUACCUCAAGGAGCUCCAAGACGGUCACAAAGAGGAGCUGAACUUAUUCAAGAGUCAGAUAUAUGAAGUUAAAAUGAAAAUGGAACGCGGAGAAGAGGUUUUGCCUUCGUUUGGCAAGUAUCUCCUGGAGAGACAGAAGGAGCUCGACCUCUCGGAUGACGAGAUGGCAUACCUGGCGGGAAGCAUGUUCGGUGCUGGGUCAGACACAACCGCGUCGGCGAUCAGUGUCACAGUACUGGCAGCUGCAUGCCAUCCCGAAGCCCACAAACGUGUUCAAGAAGAGCUAGACGCCGUUGUUGGAAGGUCACGGCCACCAACGAUUGCGGAUCAGGAGAUGCUUCCUCAGACAAUGGCAUUCGUACUGGAGUCGGUUAGAUGGCGACCUGUUAGCGCUGGAGGGUUUGCGCACAAGGCAAUCAAAGACAUAGUUUGGGGGAACUACGUGAUUCCAAAAGGCGCGAGCGUUAUUGGAAAUGUUUGGUCUGUUGGACGUGAUCCAGAGUUUUUCCCUGAUCCCGAAACAUUCAAUCCACAGAGGUGGUUGACAGAGGGAGGAAAGCUGAGGGACGAUCUGAAAUCCUAUUCGUUCGGCUUCGGUAGACGAUCGAUAUUUGUGAACGCAGCUCUAAUACAGUGGGCGUUUAAAAUUUCCUCCGACCCCUCCUCCCCGAUUGAUCCAUUGGCGUUCACCGAGUCCGCCAACACUCACCCAUUGCCUUUCAAAGUCAUUUUUGAACCCCGCAUCGCGAGCUCAAUGGAGGCUACGAAGGAGCUAUUUGAAGAUUAUGGUCUUUGA